AUGGGCUCUGCCGCGUCUGCAACCAUCAUGCCACCGCCAUUUCUAGGCAAGAUCCGUUGGAACGAAGAGAAUGACUUGUGUCCGAAGGAAACUGUGCAACUCAAACACUGGAGGAUUAAGAGAGGCGGGCGGCCAAAGUGGAGACAAUACUUGAAGAUAACCACCAAUCUUGAUGACUACGUCCACAACGAUUCAAAUGUAACAAUCGGACCCUCUUUGUAUAUCAACGACUUUGAGAGCCUAAUAAGCAUGAAAUAUGAAAAUUCUAUUCAGAUAUAUCUAUGUUCCAACGACGACUUCACCGCGGAAAAGAACGUCAUUUUUUCUGAUGUGUACCCGUACCUGCGUAGACUAGCGUACAUUAGAGGAGUCAAUUUUAAUAUUUCCGAAAUACCCUCAUCCAGCCAAUUUCACUCCCCCUCCGACCAUACCCAAUUGCGAGAAAUACGGAGAUGCGCAGAAAGUAGUUUUGAAGAAUCGUUGUGUUUCGUUGCAUUUCUGGGCGAGAAAUAUCGAGAGGGCGAUCUCCCGGGGAUCAUCCAUUUUGAAGAUUAUCGUCAACUUCUCACAAGUAGGAAUCUGUCUCGAGCUGAUUUACAGAUUGUUAAAGAGUCUUAUGAAAUGGACAAUAAUUCUAAACACCGGUGCUAUUGUCUCAGAAGAAGUGCAAAUGACGAAGAUAAAGAAAAGUUAUCAAACAUACUACUGAGGGCAACUAACGUCAUAAAUCCAACAGCGGGAUGCAGGGCAAACAGAGUACCGAACUCUACUCUGGAGAUGCAAUUCGAACACGCCACUUCAGUUACCAAGGCGACGGAGAAAUGUAAAAGCAAUCGAUGUCUUGUUUACAGAAGAGCAAUAAUGGGGUUAUUACGAGACACAAAAAACGCUCAAGCUAUCAAAUAUAUGGACAGCAAUCCUGGAUCAUCGCCCGAUAGAAUUGCUUACCGUAGAGUAUCCGACUUAAAAUAUACUAAGGCACAGCAGCACAUACAGUUAUCGAAUAUCGUCGAUAUAGUAGUUAACUGGCACAAAUCAGGACUCACUUAUAAUAACCAUCGCUCUUAUCUGCAAGCAUUGGCUGAUCAUUUCUGUGGUCGCAUGGUGGACAUGAUUGUUCGUACGGCAAAGAGUAACAGACUGUCGACGGCUGACGAGUUGACUCAGGAGAUAUCGCACCAUACACUAUUGACUCACCAGUAUACCUCAUCAUGUAUGGUUGGCAUGGACGAAUUCAAGAAAAAGGUGCUGUCGUACUUCGGGUCACACUCACCUAUUGACAAGUAUGACAAAAACAAACCACUUAUACUAUACGGAAAACAAGGCUGCGGCUUGACGACUUUCAUGGCGAAUCUCGUUAAGCAAAUGUGGGGGAAUAGCAGUAACGCUGUUGUGGUCGUCCGGUACUUAGCGACUUCACCUCGUUCCGAAACUUCCCUAAGUGUACUGAGAAGUAUAUCGCUCCAGAUUGCACGAGCCUUUGGGAGCAAUGUUGCCGAGAAUCAAAACUAUGAUCUGCAUAACCUGUGUGAUGCGUUUGAAGUUUGCCUAAGGCUUGCGGAAAGAGAGAAGCCACUUUGGAUAUUUCUACAUUCACUUCAUAAGAUUGAACCGGUUUCUCUCGACAAUAUAUUACUAUGGUUGAGGAGGGCCUUUCCUAAUCGCAACAUCAGAAUGGUGAUAUCUGCUGUACGGACUCCAAAAUUACAACACCUACUGAAGUCGUUCAUUCCAGAGCGAAACGUUUUGGAAAUACCUUCGCUUUGCAAAGAAGAGCUGAGCUCCAUAUUUCACACAUGGUUACAAGAUGCAGGUCGAACUCUAACACCUGAGCAAGAACAAGGAAUACUUAAAGUAUUGAAUAAGAGGUGCGAGCCUCUGUAUCUACGUUGCAUCCUGCAUGAGUGUUGCACCUGGAAGUCUUUUGAUGGUCCCAAGGAUAUUCCCUCCACUGAGAUAACAAGUUUGUUUGAAUACUCACUGAACACGUAUUCUUCAAAGCAAGUGGAAGAGAGAGCUUUAACCUAUCUAACAGCUUCCAAGAACGGCCUCACUGAUAACGAAAUUGUUGAUCUUCUUUUAUGCGACGAAACUUUGGAAAUGUAUCCUAAAGAGCAGAAGGACAUCAGGAUACAUCACUUGGAGAUGGAAGUAUCACCUGGAGAUGGUCCCAUGAUGCAUUUCGCGAAGGUUGCUGAGCAGAGAUUCCUUCCUUCCGAGGAAAUCCGGAUAUCUAUCCACGCGUACAUGUCUAGUUAUUUCGACGGAUCUCUUGGAAAGACGUCUGAACAAACUCACCGCAAAAAUCCACAUCUUGAUCCGGGAAUCAUUAAACAUCCCAUAAUACUCACACCAGCAGCCAGUGGUGAUGAUGCUCUAACGAGAAAAAUUAUCUAUAAUCAACGUCGACUGAUGGAACUGCCAUGGGCAUUAAUUAAUUGCGGAGAUUGGCAGUCACUGGAAGAGACUUUAUGUGAUUUCAAAUUCAUACAGGCCAUGUGUGCUACAGGACAAGUUGAUGUACUGAAGACAUGGUUAGAAAAAGCAUCUAAUAUGGCUAUAGACUAUGACUAUGACCCGAGCACUCUACUAGAGUUUAAGUAUUUGAUUUCUAGAGAUGGACACAUUUUGCGAAGAGAACCCACACUCCUCACCCAACAAGCUGCAAACUAUCCAUCACUGUCUGCGCCCUGCCGAUGGGCGAAGAAGACAGCCGAGAAGAAAGCGAAUUCGAAGACGAGACCUUUGCCGUGGUUGCAAUUGAUCAACAAAGAAACAGUACAUAAUUCAGAAAAGUCUCAAAUACGAGCAAUGCACCUGAAUAUGAAAUGUGCCCUAGCGACUAAAAUAUGCCUGUCACCGUGCGGUAUGAAGCUGGGGUAUAUAUGCCAAGAGAAGGGGAAAUCUGUAUUAAAGUGUACAAGCACAAGCAGUGGUAACUCUUACUUCAGCUACUAUAGCGUGGAAGGGGACACCAUCAAAUCGUUUUGUUUCUCAAAAGACGGUACACGUAUAGCCAUAGGAAUGUCUAGUUCUGCGCUGAAAAUACUGGACACCAAAAGGGGAAGAACCGUGAAAGAACUGAAGGAUGAUUCCACAGUAGUACAGGGCGCGUGCAUUGAUCACGUGGUGUUCAGCGGCGAUGAUCGAUUGGUUAUUGCUGCAUAUAACAGUCAGAAACGUACAGGUUGCAGGGCCCUAUGUAUUUGGGACAUGAAUUCAGAUAGAGGGAACCAUCUGUACAGCAACGAAGCUGAAGAAGGGUGUUAUCCACAUUAUGGCAACAUUACCUUCCUAGCAACAAGCCCGGAUUCGGAUCUCCUUGCCUCCGUUUGUGACCAUGGCGUCUUACGUAUUUGGGAUUUGCGAAACGGCGAGUGUCUUUGUGGUGUCAACUGUGACAGCAUGGAGGAACAAACCAACAAUGCCCGUCAUUCGAAAUGUUUCAACAGUCUGUCCUUCAACAGCAAAUCGGAUUGUUUAGCUGUUACAUUUACCAGGGGAAUCGUGAAAAUCUAUGACACGACUAGAUCUCGAAAUUGUCUUCCAGUUCUGGUAACUCUCCAUCAUAGUGCCAAGUCCAAACUCGUGGCGGCGCACUACCAUCAUAAGUUACCCGCUAUUCUGUUUUCCUGUUGUGAUAAAGGUGUUGUCAAAAUGUGGAACGUGAACAGUGUGGAAUUGUUAGCAACAACUUCAAUCCCAGCUGGUGGAUCAGUCAAAGGCUUUGUUUCCAGUUCACAUGGACCGUUCGUGUGUGUCCUUGCAGAUCGAGGAAUGGCUCACCUCUGGAAUGCCGCUGUCGAGGAAACGUCACCUGUGACGUCAGAUCCGGUCACACACGUAACAUUCAGUCCCGACGGAAAACUGGUGGCAAUGGUACACAGCCAAUCGAAUCUAUUGAAGAUUUUCAACCACCGUGUUACGAAAGCCGAACAUUUUCUGAAACUACAGGUCGCUCGUCCCACUAGCUGUGCCUUCUCUAGUAAUGGUGACAGCCUCAUCGCUGUCGGACGAACUGGCGCUCAGAUAUGUGACAUUGCUUCUGGGAGACUUUCUCCAGAAAUCACCGAGCUCUUCCAAGGUGCCGUGCUAUCGGCAGUAUUCGGCAGCAAUAACAACACGAUAUGCGCAUUAGGAAAGGAUACUCUUAGUGUAUGA